AUGGCGACUUUCUUGAGUCUAUUUCUUGUUAUUUCAAUCUCAAUCUUACAUGUUCAAGGAGAACAAACAGUAGCCAUUAGGGGAGUUUUUCUUUGUGAUGGGAAUCCAUUGGAAGGUGUUCGAGUCUCUAUUUAUCAUGGUGGAUCACAAACAGUAGCCGUUAGGGGAGUUUUCCUUUGUGAUGGGAAUCCAUUGGAAGGUGUUCGAGUCUCUAUUUAUCAUGGUGGAUAUCUUGAAUCUCGACCUGUACCAGGAAGUAAAGCCAUUGCGUUUACAGAUUCAAAUGGGAGAGUUUCCGUUACAAGAACCUAUUCGCCGCCGAAUAUUCCAUUUUUUGAUGAUUUCCAACCAGUUGUGGCCAUCGAUCACAAAUGUAAUGUGCAGUUCUGUCGACUCCGUUUGAAAGUCCACGUUGGUAAAGAAUGGGUCUCGGAUGGGCCAACUACAGACAAGGUGUUUGUCAUUGAGCCAAUGGAACUUUACGUUCGUCGUAGGAAUGAAGAACGCAUUUGCACUCGGCGACUCUUCAAUGAAAAUGCUGAGAACUCAAUGAUUUUCCCAUUUAAUGCAUCACAAUUAUCCAACUUUUCCAUGAAAAGCAAA